AUGGAACGCUCCAACGAUGCCCCUCCACUCGCGACUGGAACUGGAGAGGGCGGACUGCAAGUACCCUUCUGUGAGGCAGCAGCUCACCGAAAUUCUGCGAAAACGGAAGAACAGCAGCCGGAUCUGGCGGUCGAAACCGUCGACUUACUCCUACUAAGCAAAUACGAUGAGACGGAGAAUCGCCUUGGACAUGCCCAAAUCCUACAGCUCGUGAAGUACUGA